AUGAUAAACAACAACGAAUGUUGUUCUCAAUGUCAAAAAACAUCUUAUUUACCGGUUCGUUCCAGCUGGGCUAAAGCUGCAUUAACAAAAAUAGAAAGCGAUCAACAUUUAGCAGAUAUUGAUCGACGUACAUGGUAUCGUUUAACACGAAGUGAUCUUUUACUUGAAGAACUUCGAGAACUAUUUCAUGAAUUUCAUGAAGAUGAAGAAACAACUAAAUUUAUAGAUCAAAGUCAAAACAGAUCUGACAAUAUACCUCUACAAGUUCUUCAUAGUCUUGCUAGUUCUUUAUUGACUGUAUUUAUUGCACGAACAUCAGCUAAUGGUUUAAUUGGUCGUGGUCGUAUGUUUGUUUAUUCUACUAAUCAAUUUAAAACAUUACUUGGCCUCGAUAAUAAUUCACAAUUCAAAUUCAAAUCACUUCUUGAUAUUGGUGCUGGAGAUGGCUCUGUCACUAGAAGAAUGGCUAGCCUAUUCGAAAAAGUCUACGCUACUGAGAUGUCGAAAGUAAUGCAAUGGAGUCUUUCAAAUUACGGUUAUGAAAUACUUGAUGUAGACCAAUGGGGAGAUAUAAAAUUUGAUGUAAUAACAUGUUUGAAUGUUCUUGAUCGCUGUGAAAAACCAUUGAGUUUACUGAAAAAAAUUCGCGAACAUACAAAUCCUAAUCAUGGCCGCGUUAUAAUGAGUCUUGUUUUACCAUUCAAGCCUUAUUUUGAAUAUAGUAAAGAUCAUCGUCCAGAUGAAUCAAUUCAUAUAGAAGGUCGCUUACCUGAAGAACAGAUAAAUGAAAUUGUUUCAAAUAUUUUUCAACCAUUAGGUUUUCGCUUGAAAAAAAUAACUCGAUUGCCAUACCUAUGUGAAGGUGAUAUGGAACGAAGUUAUUAUUUUCUUUCGGAUUAUAUUUUUGUAUUAGAAAUCAGUUAA